CUCCCGCUCGCCGCCUCCCGGCUAGAUUCGUCGGCUCUCCGCCCUCCCACUGCCGGCCCGUUCUCCUCCUGUUGCUCCCGUCGCUGUGGGCUGUGGCGGUGAACCCGAGGGUGGUGGGUUCUGGGAGCGACGAUGAGGCCGGUCUUCUGCGGCAACUUCGACUUCGACACGCGCCAGUCCGACCUCGAGCGCCUCUUCUCCAAGUACGGCCCCAUCCGCCGCAUCGACAUCAAGUCCGGCUACGCUUUCAUAUACUUCGAGGACGAGCGCGAUGCAGAGGAUGCAAUAAGGCGGCUCGACAAGGCCGACUUCGGCCACGGCAGGCGCAGGCUCUCCGUAGAAUGGUCAAGGCAAGAGGAGCCAGUGCCCAAGAACCGCGACAGGCCCACAGGGGACGCCGUGAAGCCGACCAGGACCCUCUUCGUCAUCAACUUCGACCCCCUCCGCACCAAGAUCCGCGACAUCGAGGACCAUUUCCAACCCUACGGCAACAUCUCCAACAUCCGCAUCCGCAAGAACUUUGCGUUCGUGCGCUACCAGACGCUGGAGGAAGCCAGCGCGGCUGUCAAGAAGACCGACAAGAGUACGAUAUUGGACAGGGUGGUGACGGUUGAAUAUGCCUUCCGGGAUGAUGACAAUGAAAGAGAUGACAGAUAUGGAGAUUCCAAACAAGGCAAUGAAAGAUAUGGCAGUCCCAAACGAGGCAGUGACAGAUACGGUGCUCCAAAACGAGGCGAUGGCAGAUAUGGAAGUCCUGGAAGAGCGAGGCGGCGCGGUAGUCCUUACAUGCGCUCCCCUAGCCCAAGGUACCAAAGGGAUUACAGCCCAGAUUACGAUCGCCGACGUAACCCUGGCUAUGACCACCGCGAUGGAGCUCCAUACCGUAGGAGCAGAAGCCCUGGCUAUGGUCGUUACGACAGGGGCAGAAGCCCUGGCUAUGGUCGUUACUAGCUGAUUCCGUUUGAAGGAUCUUGAAGGGAAUCGAUGGAGGCUCGGUACCCUCGACUCUGUUUCUUUGGCGUGCUAACAGAGACUGGCGAGGCUUGACACGAUGAUAUGGCUGCCCUUUUUUCGCAUCAACACCUAGUGUAUUUGAGAUGAAUAGUUACAUAAUGUAUGAAGCUGUUUUGGGUGAUUGGUACUAGAUCUGAGCUGAUAUGGAUGAUGUACGCCUGUACCGGGUUACUGCCUCUUAACGAACGCCUAAGAUGAAGAAGUACAACCUGAUUA